AUGGCGCUCAACAUCGACUCCUCCGAUCGGUCGGGCUUCCGUCUCCCCAACCCCCCUCCCCUCCUCCACACGCGCACCGGAAAUGAGUCCCUGGACCGCCCGUCAACCCCCGCCGAGAGCGGCUUCACCAGUCCGACGCAGACCCCCCAGGGCAGUCCCAGCAAGAAUCGCAUGCCGCCGGGCUCCAUCGACCUGCCCAACGUGUUCGAGAAGGCAUUGAAGCUGAACCCCACCUCGCCCACCAAGAGCACCUACAACCACUACAACCACCCCAUGUUCGCGCCGCCGCGGAAUGGCGAAGACUUCAACGAAAGCGUCAUCCGGCAGCCCCCCGGCAGCCCCACGCGCAAAUCCAACAAAGAAAACACCCCUCCCAACUCGACCCGACUAGGCAAGGAUCUGGGCCCGAACCCCGCGGCAGCCGCCAUCUCCCGUCACGAACCAUACCAGCAACGAGAUCGAGAUCUCGAGAGCAUCCAGCGCCGCCAGGUGCCCAUGCGCGGGCUGACGCCGGAGGAGCUGGAGAAGCUGCAGAGCCCCCGCGUCAAGCGUCUGGUCAACGUGACCCAACUCUAUUUCCUCGACCAUUAUUUCGACCUGCUGAGCUAUGUGCACAAUCGCCAGACCCGCCAUUCCCAAUUCCGCGCUGCCUGCCCUGAACCGCCUGCGACUCCCAUGGAGGAAUACGAGCCCGCGCUGCUGAAAUAUCUGGGGCGGGAACGGGCCCACCUUCGCAAGCGCCGCACCCGGCUCCGCCAGCACGAUUUCCAGAUCCUGACACAAGUGGGCCAGGGCGGAUACGGACAGGUGUAUCUGGCGCAGAAAAAGGACACGCGGGAGGUGUGCGCACUGAAGGUCAUGAGCAAGAAGCUGCUGUUCAAACUGGACGAAAUCCGCCAUAUCCUCACCGAGCGCGACAUUCUGACGGCCGCCAAGAGCGAGUGGCUGGUCAAGCUGUUGUACGCGUUCCAGGACGAUGACCAGAUCUACCUGGCGAUGGAAUACGUGCCUGGUGGUGAUUUCCGCACGCUACUGAACAACACCGGAGUCCUGCAUAACCGUCACGCGCGAUUCUAUGUGGCGGAGAUGUUCAGCUGCAUCGAUGCGCUGCACGCGCUGGGCUACAUCCAUCGAGACUUGAAGCCGGAGAACUUCCUCAUCGACUCGACCGGGCACGUGAAGCUGACAGACUUUGGCCUGGCGGCGGGCAUGUUGAACCCGGGCAAGAUCGAGUCCAUGCGAGUGAAGCUGGAGGAAGUUGGCAGAACCCCCGUGCCUUUCGGUCGGCCCAUGGAACAGCGCACGGUGGCAGAGCGUCGGCAGGGAUACCGCUCGCUGCGGGAGCGACAGGUGAACUACGCCAAGUCUAUCGUGGGAUCGCCUGACUACAUGGCGCCGGAGGUGCUCAAAGGCGAGGAGUAUGAUUUCACGGUGGACUACUGGAGCCUGGGGUGCAUGCUGUUCGAGGCGCUGGCCGGAUACCCGCCGUUCGCGGGCGCGACGGUGGACGAGACGUGGCAGAACCUGAAGAACUGGCAGAAAGUGCUGCGCAAGCCGGUGUACGAGGACCCGAACUACUUCCUGUCGCGGCGCACGUGGGACCUGAUCACGAAGCUGGUGGCGUCGAAGGAGCGGCGGUUCCGCAACAUCCAGGAGAUCCACGCGCACGACUAUUUCAGCGAGGUUGACUUUGGGCACCUGCGCGAGCAGCGGGCGCCGUUCGUGCCGGAGCUGGAUUCGGAGACGGACGCGGGCUACUUUGACGACUUCACCAAUGAGGCGGACAUGGCCAAGUACAAGGAGGUGCAUGAUAAGCAGCGCGCGCUGGAGGACAUGGCGGAGCGGGAUGACAAGAUGAGCAAGGGGCUGUUCGUAGGGUUUACAUUUCGGUAAGUCAGCCGUUUACCCUAUCCGUUUCUCCCCUAUAUAUGUGGUCAUUCUGACGAUACAGACACCGCAAACCGGC